GGGGCUGUCGAGGGGCUGCUGGGGGCGGUGGGGGUGCGGAGAAGCCAUGUUCCUGAGCCCCGGCGAGGGGCCGGCAGCAGAGGGUGGGGGGCCGGGCCCGGGCGAGGAAGCCCCCAAGAAGAAGCACCGGAGGAACCGCACGACCUUCACCACGUACCAGCUGCACCAGCUGGAGAGGGCGUUCGAGGCCUCCCACUACCCGGACGUUUACAGCCGCGAGGAGCUGGCGGCCAAGGUGCACCUGCCUGAGGUGCGCGUGCAGGUGUGGUUCCAGAACCGCCGGGCCAAGUGGCGCCGCCAGGAGCGUCUGGAGUCAGGCUCCGGGGCUGGGGCAGCCCCAAGGCUCCCCGAGGCCCCGGCACUGCCGUUUGCCCGCCCGCCAGCCAUGCCACUGCCCCUGGAGCCCUGGCUGGGCCCCGGGCCCCCGGCCGUGCCAGGCCUCCCGCGCCUCCUGGGGCCGGGGCCCGGGCUGCAGGCAUCCUUCGGGCCCCAUGCCUUUGGUCCGGCCUUCACGGAGGGCUUCACCCUGGAGGAGGCAUCCCUGCGGCUGCUGGCCAAGGAGCACGCGCAGGCUCUGGACAGGGCCUGGCCACCGGCCUGA